AGCAUCCCCAUCAUUUUUAUUUUGAGACCAGCCCUGGCUGUGCACGAGGAGGAGCUGAGUUGUAUACAUAUCGCGUCCGACUUGUCUACGCUACAAUAAGGCGGCGUGCACUUUUCAGCACCAGUACUGCGUGGAUAGCCGCCCACGGAGCACCGCGGAGGCCAGCCGACGAAUGUGCGAUUCGUUUUCGGGGCAAGUUCAUCGCUCGGCUGACGUUCCGGAGACACCGUGUGGCGAGCUUGUUCCGUGCCACAAGGCCAUAGAUCGGUUAAAAAGACAAGUUUGGGCGGACAUUAUUUGCGGUCUUGACGUUGCUGAAUGGCCGCUAAUGAAAGGAAACAAAGGUGAUAAAGAGUCUUCAUCCUAGCUGGUUGGUCGUGGCGAGCCGCGCCAGAGCUCCAUUGUGUGAGCAUCCCGGUGCUAUUUUUCACAGCCGCCCAACCCCCGGUGUCCCUUCCCCCCCCUCCCUUCCUCCCCUCACAGCAGCUACAACUCUUUUGGACUCACUUUUAUUUGGGGAGGGAGGGGGGACCACGAGCCUUCCGUAAUGUGCUCCCGCCUUUGGUUCGUGACCGACCGACGUAUCAGCCAGGAGUAUCCCCAAAUUCAGAUCCUCCGGGCAUUGAAGGAGCGCUGCGCCGAGGAGGAUGUGGAAUUCCGUUCUCUUCUCAUGGAUCAGAUCGUCCUCACCAUCAGCGAGGGACAAUUGGGCCUGCAAGUGGACCAAGAAACGGUGACAUCUUAUCCCCAGGUGGUGGUGGUACGAGUGCCCACGCCGUGGGUGCAGUCGGACAGCGACAUCACCGUUCUGCGUCACCUGGAGAAGAUGGGCUGUCGGCUGAUCAACCGUCCUCAGGCCAUACUCAACUGUGUCAACAAGUUCUGGACCUUUCAAGAGCUAGCCGGCCACGGCAUACCUUUGCCUGACACCUUCUCCUAUGGUGGACAUGACAACUUUCGAAAGAUGAUUGACGAGGCAGAGCCGCUGGGCUACCCGGUGGUGGUGAAGAACGCGCGCGGACACAGAGGCAAGGCUGUGUUCUUGGCACGUGACAAGCACCACCUGACAGACCUGUGCCACCUGAUCCGUCAUGACACCCCCUACUUGUUUCAGGAGUAUGUCAAAGAGUCACAUGGCCGUGAUGUACGUGUGGUGCUGGUGGGCGGCCGGGUCAUCGGUUCCAUGCUGCGCUGCUCCACCGAUGGACGGAUGCAGAGCAACUGCUCCCUUGGUGGCGUGGGGAUGAUGUGCCCACUGAGCGAGCAGGGCAAGCAGCUGGCCACCGAGGUGUCGAACAUCCUCGGCAUGGACGUUUGCGGCAUCGACCUCCUGCAGCUCAACAACGGCUCCUUCGUGGUGUGCGAGGCCAACGCCAACGUGGGUUUCAUCGCCUUCGACCAGGCGUGCGGCAUGGACGUGGCGGGCAUUGUCGCCGACUACGCCCUUUCCAUGCUCCCCAACCGCCUCACCCGUAAGAUGUCCUUGCUGUCGGUGGUGUCGAGCACCAGCGAGACCAGCAGCGAGCCCGAGGUGUGCCCCGUGCCCACUGUCGGCGGUUCCUUGCCGGAGGCUGUGUGCAACAUGAGCGUGGGCUCCACUUCCAGCGAGAGCGAUCCCGAGUUGGCCGAGCCGUCUCAGUCGCCCCCCUGCCAAGCCUCCGGCUCGGUCCUCCCCGACCCGGCCUACAACUUCAACACGCUGCUUGCCAACGAGAUCAAGCUAUUGACUGAGUGAGAUGCACACACCAGCAAACGCACACUCUCGCACACACACACACACACACACACACACACACACACACACACACACACACACACACACGUGUUCGUUUUCGAAAUACAUGUGGAUGAAUGCGAAAACAGAAAUUCUUGCUCAUACUAACCCCCUCCAAAAGAUUUGAGGCUGCUCCCCUGACUCCCCCUCAGUCCUAAGGGCUAAUUCAAGUCCGCUCUCUAUUUUCGCUUGCUGAUAACAACGCUUCGAGUUUGGGUUAACCGUGAACCCAAGCCCUGACGGUUUUUAUGGGGGCCGGGGGGGGGGGUAUUCCUUCUUAGACAUGUCAGAUAUGGUGACAUGAAGACUGUUGUAGCUUUUCCAAGUGUUGUGGAGAGAAAUAAUACGGAGCACCAGACAUGACAUGGGGGGAAAACAAAACAAACAAAAAAAAGUCAAUUGUAGCCACAAUAUGGACGUACAGCAGCCUCCGUACUUAUUGGCACCCUUGUUUAAGACGUGUUAAGCCUAGCAAGCCUUCGCCGCUCAGUGAGGUACAGGCUUGAACCAACUUCAUCCACCUUUUAAUCCUACCGUCAUCAUGUUUCAUUUAUUUCUGUAAUUGCAUGACAAAACUUGUUUUAUUUGAAUGAGAGGCUGAUUAUUCAAUGUUGUAAUAUGUGCAAAUCAUUGUACACAUGUUUGGCUAGUCAAACCAAUCUGAGGGCGAAAAGAUGAUGACAUGACUACGGGCCGCUUAGGUGGCCCUGUGAUUUGAAUUUGAAAUGUAAUUGGUUCAACAAACGGCCCCGUUGCGAAUAUAGUUUGAGUUGCAUCGGUCAGCGGCACAGAUUCUGAAGGUGGAUAAGGUUGACAUGGCAACACAGAGAGGCUGAACUCUGAUUGGACAA